AUGGGUGAUGUUGAGAAAGGCAAGAAGGUUUUUGUUCAGAAAUGUGCCCAGUGCCACACUGUGGAACAGGAAGGCAAGCAUAAGACUGGACCAAAUCUCCAUGGUCUGUUUGGGAGGAAGACAGGUCAGGCCACUGGAUUCUCUUACCCAGACACCAAAAAGAGCAUAGGCAUCGUCUGGGGAGAGGGGAGAGGAUGCCUGCUAUGCCUGGCGGAGUAUUCAGAGAGUCCUAGGAAAUACAUCCCUGGAACCAAAACAAUCUUCACUGGAAUUCAGAAGAGGGGAGAAAGGGCAGACCUAAUAGUUGAUCUUAAAAAGACUACUAAUGAGUAA